AGUAACCAUAGUUAGCCAACCCUUCUCUUCAUCAUUUGUCUAAUCCAUCCAUGGCUUUCUGAUUCCAACAACAGAAGUUCAAACUCUUUAAUAAGAACAUUUAGCGUUCUGAAUAUCCUUUGUACCGUUAACCAUUUUGUCAACUGCCAUUUUUACAGGAAAGGAAUAUAUCCUUUAAGGAGAACGAGAGUAUAAACUGCACUGAUACACCUCGAUGGGUAUAAAGAUUCAAUCAACCUAGAACUCCAUGUCUCUUUUGUUCACUGUAUUCGAUGCUAGGGUUUAACGAAGCUUCUUGCGGACAAUGCUCCCAAGUGCAUGAAAGAGCAGAAGUUCGAGAGCUAUUUUGGCCGUAAGGUCGCCGUUGAUGCUAGUAUGAGCAUCUACCAGUUCCUCAUUGUCGUUGGGAGGAGUGGGACCGAAAUGCUCACAAAUGAGGCUGGCGAAGUAACGAGUCAUUUGCAAGGAAUGUUUACUCGGACUAUUAGGCUUCUUGAAGCUGGAAUGAAGCCUGUUUAUGUCUUUGAUGGGGCACCACCUGAUUUGAAGAAGCAGGAGCUGGCAAAGCGUUACUCUAGAAGGGCAGAUGCCACCGAGGAUUUAGCAACGGCAAUAGAGACUGGAGACAAGGAGGAUAUUGAGAAGUUCAGUAAGCGGACAGUGAAGGUAACAAAGCAGCACAAUGAAGACUGCAAGAAACUUCUAAGACUCAUGGGUGUACCUGUAAUUGAGGCACCAUCGGAAGCAGAGGCCGAGUGUGCUGCACUUUGCAAAAAUGGGAAGGUCUAUGCUGUGGCUUCUGAAGACAUGGAUUCCCUAACUUUUGGAGCUCCCAGGUUUCUUCGUCAUUUAAUGGAUCCAAGCUCAAGAAAAACACCUGUGAUGCAAUUUGAGGUUUCAAAGAUUUUGGAGGAGCUAAACCUCUCUAUGGACCAAUUUAUUGAUUUGUGCAUUCUUUGUGGGUGUGAUUAUUGUGACAGUAUUCGAGGUAUCGGGGGACAGACUGCUUUGAAGCUCAUUCGUCAACAUGGUUCUAUAGAGAAUAUAAUAGAGAACAUUAACAAAGAGAGGUAUCAAAUACCUGAGAAUUGGCCUUAUCUAGAGGCUCGACGUCUUUUUAAAGAACCUUUAGUAUCCGCUGAUGGUGAGCAAUUAGAACUUAAAUGGACUCCUCCGGACGAAGAGGGGCUCAUAAACUUUCUGGUGAAUGAAAAUGGGUUCAAUAAUGAUCGAGUCACAAAGGCAAUAGAGAAAAUAAAAGCUGCCAAGAACAAGUCAUCCCAGGGCCGAUUAGAAUCCUUCUUUAAGCCAGUUGUGAGCACAUCUGUACCCCUCAAGCGGAAGGAAAACAAAUGCAUGCUUGGAACUCCUAGACCAAUACUCAAGCCUAAGAUGUUCUCUCUCCAAGUUCAUGCCCACUUGAGCCCCAAAGUCAUUCGCGGCAUGAACCUGCUGACUCUGGAUCUGGUUUCUAAGCAACCGGGGCCAUUCUCCAGAUGUGUCUGCUUCAGCUCCUUAUGCUGAGAACCUUGGAAACACAACAGACAGUGACAAAGGAAAAUACAAACAAGAAAUCGAAGGCAGGUGGUGGCAAAAAGAAGUAGUUUUAUUGUGUAUUUGAAACAUUAAGGUUAGUGUUUUGUAAUGGUGGUUUUGUUUCGUUGGCUACUAUAGUUAAAAUGUUCCCGUUGAUUCCAUGUCGGCAGUCCAACCUUUUUUGUUUCAGUUCAAUGUCUAAUUUCAAAUUUUCACAUAUUUAUGCUAGGGACAAUAUUGUAUGGUGUAUAGUGAAAGCGUUGCACUUAGUUUUCAUUUCUGUUAUUAGAAAUGCCUAGUUCUUUUA